AUCCUCCGGACGGAGAGAGAGAGGGUCAGAUGGAAAACCAGCUCGCAGCUCGCGCACAACGCAAAACUUUUCAAAAGGCACGCACGGUGCUCACGUGAGGGGGCUUAACGACGGAGUACAGUAUUAUAUUAUAUUUCAUGGAUAUUUCUUUGUAACCCAGACAAAGGAAAUUGACAGAGUUUGAACUCACCCCUCCGGUUUUUUUUUUCGCCAUUCUCCACUGCGACGAGCACAUGUUAUGGAAGGAGGGGCCUUAAACUGAAGGGAAGACUCCAAAUCCAGACCUCGACCCUCAAUAACCCAAACAUUUGCCACGAGUCUUGUCUUCCUCACCGGAUGAAAUGCCUUGACCUCGCCGCCGCCGCACCAUGGCAGGUUUAGUCGUCUCCUCCUCUGUGGGUUUGGUGCUGAUGCUCGAGGCUCUCAUGCGAGUCCAUGGCCGCCGGCCUGCGGUGUUUCUGGGGAUGACGCUGUGGGCGACACUGAUCGCAGCCGACUCACCUAUUGCAGCAGAUGAGUCUCUGUUAGACUCCACAUACCAACCCAUGGGACUUCUUGGAGAUGGUACAAGUUCAACGAGAUCAUCACCAUCCAGCUUACCAACCUCACAUCACACUGCCUUUGAGAGCCUCGACUCACCUGGCGGCCUGUCAUCCAUUACUGAACCUAACCAUGAAGCCAGGACUGCUUACACUCUCUUUCAUUGGGCACAUGUUCCCUCUGAAAACUCCAAACCCUUCAUGCCAAGUGUCCUCCCUGCAGAAGAACCACAACCUCUUCCCACUACCUCUUUAAGCCCCUCUGAACAUGUAUUGGGGUCUAGUCCACAAUUUGAGGCACCAGCUAAACUCUCCACAGACUGGAGGCUGGCCCGGAUAAAUCCUGUCAAGCAAUCUUCCCCUCUCUCUCCAACUCUUAAAAGACCCCAGCGGCAGUCUCAGUCAAAUACUUCCUUAACACCAUUAAGCCCAACAACAUCUCGGCUCAGUCUUACUUCUGGGCAGAAAGCUCUGGAUGCGACCCUUACGGCUCCCAAAAAGCAGCAGGAUGAUGUGCCAGAGCAAAUGCCGACAAUCAUGGCCUCACAGCCUGGUCAGCCUCUUGAGCCCCCUAAUCUGGCCUUUACUGACUAUCCAGCAGAUGAAUCUUACAGUAAAAUCUUGGAUGUGAACCAGCUGAGCCCCAGCCGUGCGCCCUUGCAGGAGAACAAACCAGCACAUGGCAUAAACAUGCUACCCAACUCAGAUGAGCUUCUGGCCCCUGGCUACAAUGUGCCUUUCAGCGCCCCCCACCUUACAUCACCUUUAUCUCAACCCACUGAGGUUGCUCCGGAGGACUUCUACCCCACCAACACCAUGGAAUUUGACUGGGGGUCCGGGGACUACUUGGAGACAAUGUCAUUCUUGAAUGCAGAUGGAGACGACUAUGCUUUGGUCACCAAGGUGCCCUCGGACUCCUAUGAAGCAGAGGACUAUACAGAAAGCUAUGACACAUCUUUCCCUUCCAGAGUGGGCAUAUCUCCUUCAUCCUUGCUCCCUCUUCACAUCUCACCGUCUCCCAGCCUUGUGACGGAGUACAGCACCAUUGUUCCACUAACAUCCAUCCACCCUUCCUCUUUUUCCUCCACAAUUCACUAUACACUGGAACCUACACCCACAGCUAACAGUGAUACACCUGAUGCAUCCGACGUAGAUUGGCCGGAUACUUUCACAAUCCAACCGACAGAUGUCCUUUUGCCCGACAUGAACAGCUUGGAGUAUUACACCAUUCAGUUGACCAAGGAGAAUGAUGGUUCAGACACUGGAGCUGAACACAGAGGGAACGUUACCGUGGUGGCUAUUCCUACUACAGAGAUCACACCCACCAGCAACUUCACCAGUGACACCAAACCAACGGAGGAAGAGUCAUCCAGUGAUCCGUCAGGGUUUGAGCCUCAUGGUGAAUCAACCACAGAAGUAACCACAGAGCAGAGUCCUCAGCUGGUCAAUGUUUCUGAGCCUUUUCUGGAUCCUUCAAUAGUCCCAAGCUACUUCCUUGAUUCCUCUUCUUCCAUCUGGGGUGGUAAGGUACCUGCCACAGAUUGGUCUGCACCUACUCCGACUGUUGGCCUGGACAGCACUGCAUUUUCAGAAGAUAUACUACCCCAUGCCACUUCAUUGCUGCCAGACUAUGUGUUGUCUUCCUCCUCUAUGACAGAUGUCCAUUGGUUUGUUACGGAGCCAUUUAUGCAAAGCAGCAUACAUACCACUCCUGUAUUAACUGCAACUGUAGCCUUCUCUCCCGGUUCAACGGAACUUCUUGCCAACACAACUGCUGGUGCAACCGACUUAACUCCACAAGACUGGACUUUCACAACUGAACAAAUUCAUAAUAUCAGUUUAGUUUCAGCUGAGCCGGCAUCUAAUGUCACGGUGGGCCCCCCAGUCAUUUUGGGUGAUCAGGGCGUAACUGAAGAUGGAGUUGACGUCCCAGCCACAAUGACCUUGAUCCCAACUAGCAGUGAAGCUCAUAAAGUCUCUGCCCUACCCUCAACUACAGCUGCCAGCACCACCUCUCAUCAAGCCCCAACAAGAAUCACUGCCGCCUCUGAAGCCUCAAGUAGUAUCAGCAUCAAUUCUACCAAGAGUGGAAAGACCACAACUACAGCACCAACGACGAGACAGUAUCUCUGCAACCUUGACAAUCCUGCUUAUUUAGUCAAAAUUGGUUUUCCCUCUGGGGCCACUGUUGGAUAUGCCAAAUCUCAAGUCAGAGACAUACUGAAAGUAGAAUUCAACAAGUCAGUGGAGCUGCAGGUUGUGGACCCCCCACCAAAGUUUAUGUUUCGGGUCGUGUCCGGCCCAGUUGUGUACACAGCCAUAUCUGUCAUCAACAGUCUGCGAAAGUCUGGGCGCCGCUUCCUGUCUGUGUCUCCCAACUGGAUAACACCCGAUAGUAAAUAUCAAGUCCACACAGUGCUGCAGUUCGUUCCCAUUCACAUAGACGUGCGGUUCUGCAACUUCAGUGAGAGCAUUAAGAAAGGUUUGACCAUGGCCUUUGCAGAAGUGCGUCGCCGCUCAAAGGAGUCAACUAACUUCACAGUGCACAUUGUAAACAUCACCAUGGAUGCUCCAAAAUAUAAGGAACAACGGCUAGUGAGGCAGCCGGUGGACAUCACCUUCACCGUGCGUGGCUCCAGGGGAUAUCUGAUGGGGUCCGAGAUCAGCAAUGCUCUGAUAAAGCUCACCAUGGUGGAAUUCAGCUACUACAUGGGAUUUCCUGUACAGCAGAUUGCUGAGCCAUUCCAUUAUCCCGAGUUGAACACCAGCCAGUUGCUUCGCGCCUCCUGGGUUAGAACAGUGCUCCUUGGUGUGCUCGACCAGAAAGCGGGAGAGAGGACUUUCCAGGCCAACAUGGAGCGUCGGGUGGCCAUGUUACUUGGGGAGGCUAUGGGACUUGUCAGACGUGUUAAGAGAGCCACCGCCAUAGGCAACAGCAGCGUGCAGGUUGUGAGUGCGAGCCGGCUCAUGGGCGAUGACCACCCCCUGGAGAUAGUGUAUUUCGUGGAGGGUCCCAGUGGUCAGCGGCUGCCUGCGGUCCAAGCAGCCAACCUGCUCAAUGGCCUGGACGUUCAAAGGGCCGCCAUUGUCUUGGGAUAUCGUGUCCAGGGUAUCCUGGCACUGCCUGUAGAGAAAGUGACAUCUUCGCCCUCCGACACUGAGAACACCAAUAUAUGGAUCGUCGUCGGGGUGGUGAUCCCCCUCCUCGUCGUCAUCGUCAUCAUCUCGAUCCUGUACUGGAAACUGUGUCGCACGGACAAGCUGGAAUUCCAGCCGGACGCCAUGACCUCCAUCCAGCAGCAGAGACAGAAGUUGCAGGCUCCCAGUGUGAAAGGCUUUGACUUUGCCAAGCUGCACCUUGGCCAGCAGAGUAAGGACGAUGUCAUGGUGAUCCAGGAGCCCGGCCCGUUGGGGCCUGGCCCGGGGUCCCUCCCCCUGUCCCUCAAAGACGGCCUCAGUCCGUCCGAGAACGGGGAGAUCCCCACGCCCAUGUCCAGACACUCCGCCUCCUCCACCAAGGCGUCCCGCAGCGGAAGACGGCGAGAAAGAAUCUCACCAUCAGACGGUGACUCGGUGGUAAGUGACCAUUCCAGCGAGCGGGAAGCAACCGAGGAGAACCAGAGAGCCCAUGCCACGCCCAGCGACAGCAAGCAGACCCGCAAGCUCCCCAUCAAUGUUUUAAAUGGUCCUCCACCGAUGAAUGGUCCGAACGAACAGCUGUCGUCGGCCUCCAUCUUUGAACACGUCGACCGGAUGUCCCGCGCCGCGGAGGCAAGCCGGAGGCUCCCCAACAAAGUCCAGCUUAUUGCCAUGCAGCCCAUACCGGUCCCGCCGCUGCACAGCCCACCCAUCAAUGGCAAACUGUCAGACGCCAAUCAAAUUAACAAAGAGAUCCAGGUAGCCCUGAGGCACAAGUCAGAGAUUGAGCACCACCGUAACAAGAUACGACUGCGAGCCAAGAGGAAGGGCCACUACGACUUCCCCGCCAUGGACGACGUGAAUGGCAACCUCGGCGACGCGAAGGACCAGGACCGCAUCUAUCAUAAGGCACAGAUGCAGAUUGAUAAGAUCCUGGAUCCAGAUGUUCAGAUGCCCUCCAUCUUCAUGGACUCCAAGAAAAGUGGCCGGGGGAGACGCUCUCCCAAACAGAGGAUGAAGGAGCAGCUGAACGGAGACAAAGACCACCUGAUCACUGACGACAGUGAGGCCGCGUACAGAAAGUGUCCGGGGGUCAAUAACGUGGCUUAUGUGUCGGACCCCGACCAAGGCCCGGUAUCCCCUCACGGGAGCCCCUCCCCCACCGACGACGUCUUCCUGGGUCCCGCCUCCUCUCCUCCGGGCCACGCCCCUCCCCCGCCCCCCUACAUGCCCCCUCAGCCCUCCAUCGAGGAGGCGCGGCAGCAGAUGCACUCCCUGCUGGACGACGCCUUCGCCCUGGUGUCGCCCACCUCUCAGGGCAGCACGGCGGGGAUCACUCUCCCCGGGGUCGGCAUCAACGCACCCGGCUCCAGCCCUCCGGGUCGGGGCCCCAGAGCCUGGGGUCCCAACUACCCACCUCUCGCCCCUUUCCCCAGUAGGUUCACCGAGCUGAGUCUGUCCCCUCCGUCAGUCCAGGGCCUGACACCGAGGCAGGGCCUCGGCUCCAGCUACCUGCCGCCAGGAGACGCGGCAGGCCUCGGUGAGCAGUUCCAGCCAGACAGCCUGUACUCUGGCAGGGGCCUGUACGCCGAUGAGCUGCCCUCAUCUGCGAGACCGCGGCCAGUUGGGGGAACUACAGGCGCCCAGUUCCAUCAUCUCACACAAGUGGGUCUGUCCAGCCGGUUGAACGGUUACCCGGCGGGGGCCAGAGCCGCCCCGGGCCAGAAUGGAGGCCUCGGCUGGAACCACUACCAUGACGACAACUUCUCCAGAGCGGAGCCCGAAAAAGACGCAUUCAUGGACUGUCCUGACUACUCACCCUCCCCUAUCUUCCAGAUGCCCAGGAGUGGUAUCAGGGAUCCUUCGGCACCGCCGCCCGCCCACCUAGAUCCCCCCGUGGGGGGCUACAUGUCCGCCCCGCCGCCACUGGAUACGUCUCCUCCUAACCACUCCUCCGCCUCCCUGAUCAAGGCCAUCAGGGAGGAGCUGCUGCGUCUCUCCCAGAAACAGGCAGCUAUGCCCGGCUACCACAGCUGAAGUCCCGGGGGCCUCUAUACCAGUCAUGCCACUGACCCCUGCCUGCCCUGCUUCGCCUGAUCUGACGAUGCUUCCCAUGGAAGUCCCCGAGGGUUGUACAGCAGAGAGACGGUCCUGCUUAAACUGAAGGAAAGAGCGUAAGAGUUCGCCAUCAUGAAACACUGAAGGACAGGACAUGUGACACAGGUGGACGCAGUCAAACGAGACACAGUGUUAUGAACAAUAUGAGCAGUUUUCUGUUUGCUGGACUUUAAGGUUUGUGUUGAAAGGACUUGGUCUGGACUUGCCUGGACUCGUCUGCCAGUGAUUCUGCCAACUUCUGACCACUGAUGAUCCACAUGACAGACUUUUUUCUUUUCCUUUUUCCUUUUUGAGAUUUUGCUGCAUUUCUUCCGACUCAGUAUUCUUUGUCAUGGUUUCAUUCCCAUGCUGCCUUCACUUAAAGGGGCAGUAAGCAAUACUAAAGCAAAACAUGUUUUGUAAAAAUCAGCGAAUAUUUCCUCACCGUCCACUAGCUGUCGCUUUUGUGUGUGAGACCAAACAAUAUCCGGGCGCAGCCCGGGCUCUGUAAAACAAAACAAAAAAAAUGGUGCGGACCGCACCACUACAGCUGAGUGCAGUUUUGUAAACAUCUUUUGUCGACACCUUAAGAGACGUGCUGGCAGGUGGCGCUGCAACUCCACGGUUUUUGCCUAGUGGUUAGUGCGUCGGAUCACAACAACAACAAAGAGAGAAACAAGCUUUCUCCAGAAUCGCUUACUGCCCCUUUAACAAAAUACUACCCUCAUGAAAAGAAGAAAAAAAAAUCCUGUUUCGUGUGUCAGUUUACCUACUAUACAGGUAUUUAACCAUUUUCUAACAUUCAGGUGCUACUUCGUGUUUUUCUGCCAUGAUGAGCCGAGCCAUGCCUUGACAACGUGAUGUAGUUUCAUCCCAGACCCGGUCUACUGUACGAGCCUAUACAGUAAGGUCAAAGUUCACAGCCGGUGAGCCUGCUCAGAUCACAGGAGGAGGGGGGGGGGCAUCAGCAGAGACUAAUAACGCUCAUAAACACUACUUAUUACCUUACCUUACGCAGUAGCACAGGAGCUUUUUCUGAGUUGAUAAUUUUUUGACGGAACAUAAUUAUUUAAUCAUAUUAAAAGUCCUGUCUUGUACCUUGUUUUUAUUUAUGUUCAGUCGCUUACGGACAGCGAGACGAACGGGAACAAAAUGGCCUUGAAAACACACAAAUCUUCAAACAUAGAUUUUAAAAAGGCCGGCUAGAUGUGUUACGAAUAUUAAAUAAUUAACGCCAGUAUGUACUUGACAACUGUGUACGGUUGUUACUGUUUGUCCUCAGUAUUUGGUUGUAAUUAAUGCACUGUAUGCAGACUACUUGGUACAGCUCAGGUCUUGGAGAUUGCUAAAGGACAAAUCACAAAAAAAGAAAAGGUUAAUGAGGGAAAGUCCUUCCGUUAGAACACGAUCCUGUAUUCACUCUAUACUGUAGGGCUGCAACUAACGAUUAUUUUCAUAAUCGAUUAAUCUGUCCAUUAUUUCCUCGAUUAAUCAAUUAGUUGUUUGGUCCAUAAAAUGUCAUAAAAUUGUGAAAAAUGUCGAUCGUGUUUCCCAAAUCAUCAAGAUGAUGUUUUGUUUGGUCCACGCACCAAAUAAAUUUACUUUGCUGUCACAUAGGAGCAAAGAAAUCAGAAAAUAUACACAUUGAAGAAGCUGAAAUCAGAGAAUUUUGACUUUUAUUCAAUAAGAACUACAUGAACCGAUUAAUCGAUCAUAAAACUAUUGCCGAUUAAUUUAGUAGUCGAUUACUAAUCGAUGAAUCGAUUAACUGUUGCAGCUCUACUAGACUGAAAUCUCUAUAUUUCAUGCAGUAUUUUAAGUUUGCUUUGCCUAUUCGACAAAACACAGGAAGGAGGAAAAAAGUGUUUUACUGUAUUUUAUUGUCACUUAUGGUUUUUACUUCAACCGGUCGUGUUCAUGUUGCCUCUUUUUUUUAAUUGUCUUUCGGAUUUUACAUUGAUUCGUGUUCAUGUUCACCUUAAAUGUCUCGUAGUCAUCGUACUGGUUGGAAAUCAUUCUAGUUAUUUUCAUUUUUUUUCUUAUUUUGGUUGGGGACAUGAAAAAAAGGGGGAAAAAAAAGAGAAAAUUUGUGAUUUUAAAAGGCAGGCCCUGGAAAUAUGUCUUUGGACUGUGUUACCAGUAUUAUGUGUUGGAUUCUUCUUCUUCUCUAAUCUCUACACGAGCUCCGACUUGAGGCGGUGAGUUGAAACAUCUUACCAGAUGUUACCAGAGAGUACUAAAUACUUCCUACUUUUUUUUUGUCGUUUGUGCCUUUUUUUCUGACUCACCGACCCGAACAGAUCGAGCAACAGAAGUUUCCGGUGUCACAAUCAAAGAUUGUGAUUACCAACCUAAAUAAUUCCAUAAAAGCCCUAAAUAUGCCACUUUGGCCGUUUACGUGUUGCUGAAGUGAAGUUACGGUGGUCAAACAUUGUAAUUGUCUGGAGUUUCCUUUGCUCCACAGGGAGGUGGGAGAGAUCCUGCUUUGUUCCAUUUCACCUCAAUGUUCAUAUUUUGUGUUUUAUUACACUGUACGCCUCCAUCUGCUGGUUCGGUACUGUAACAACAGUCCACCUACUUGUGUUCAUCCUCAGAUGCUUUUUUAAAAAUGACUUUAUUUUUCAUUGUUGUUAUUUUCCAUCAAUUUUUCUAUCAGUCGUGCUUUGUGGAAAAGGACGUGUUGGCUGGCCCAACUCGAUGCUGCAUGUUUCCUUACUGUAAUUAUUUUUGUUUGUUUUUGUGCAUGCCGUUUCGAGUUUUCCUUCAAUACAAAAAAGAAACCA